AUGGUGAUCAAUGGCGACGUUGCCUCUAGUUUAUCUGAUUUACAGAGCUAUCUUCAUCAAUAUUUUGAUAUGAAGAGUCUUGGUAAGCUGUGUUACUUUUUAGGUCUUGAGAUUUCCGACACAGUAGAUGGUAUCUACUUGUCUCAGGCAAAGUAUGAUUCUGACCUCAUCUCUCGUGCUGGCUUGACUGAUAGCAAAACUGCCUCGACUCCACUUGAGGCAGAUUGUCGUCUUACUCCUCUCGAUGGAACCCCUCUUAAAGACCCCACGCUCUAUCGUCAAUUAGUGGUCUCCCUGAUAUAUCUAACUAUUACUCGCCCUGACAUAGCUCAUGUAGUUCACAUAGUUAGUCAAUUAAUGACUAGUCCGCAUACAGCUCAUCACUCUACUGUAUUACGUAUUCUCCGUUAUAUUAAGGGCACUCGCUUACAUGGUCUUCACAUCUCCACUGAUUCAUUAUUGGUACUCACUAGUUACUUAGAUGCUGAUUGGGCAGGAAAUCCCACUGACUGA